AUGGGACAUGAGGAGCAUGGAGGGACUUGGCACAUGGACGCAGCUCAACUGGAUACGCAAAGGAAGAAGGGAGAAGCCAUCUUGAAGACCAGCUCGACCGUCUACUCGACCAACCGGUCGAGUUCCUCAACUCGACCGGCCAAGCUUCAACUCGAUCGAGCUGAGAAGUGUAUGCGAACUCGAUCGAGUCGGUCUACAGAAGACUUGGUCGAGCUAGACUUCACAACGGGUAGAAAGAGGGUUCAGAGGUCACAGAGGGUACAAGAGGAACCUGAGGUGCUUGUUGCUGAUACAAUGGAAGUACCAGAGGGGAAUGGAAACCCUUUGGGAAUGGACUCGGUCGAGCUAGGCAAACUCGACCGAUUGGUCAAGGAGAUGCUCCAAACCGCCACCAACAGAGACAAGGGAUUGUUCCACCACCAGUGCAGAACCACAACUUUGAGAUCAAGCUGGGAAUGA